GUCCUAAGAUAGGGAGGCGGGGGGUCGGGGGCGUCAUGCCGUCUCCCUACUGUUUCAGGAAUCAUUAAUAUUUCAAGAUGACGUUCUUCUCAAGCCUGUCACGGUACAAAAAAACAGCACUACCUUCAAGACCCAAGUAUGCCACCUCAUCAGGCUGCCGGAGCGCCAUGCCGGCGCUGGGAAGACGGUGGCGCCUCGUAUCGCUGCUGCUGGUGUCGGCAUAUUUCACAUAUCUGUGCUACGACUUCGUGGUGCCCGGUUUCAAGGCCGUGGGGUGGAUGGUGCGAAGCCGAUACGUGAACCAGUGGUUUUUCCUGUCGCCUGAACUAUCCAGCGACAUGCGAAAUGACAGCCUACUUCUAUUUUGGACGCCGCCAUUUCAAGAUCCGGCCUUCGGGGGUUCGGGAAGGAAACCUGUUUGCAGGUUGUGCGGUCAGUAAUUGCGUAAGUACAAACGACCGGCGCUAUCUUUCGAGAGCGCGGGUGGUGCUUUUCCACGGCUACGAUCUCACCAUGUUUGAUGUGCCUUCCGAGCGUACGGCCCACCAGCUGUACGUCUACUGGUCCAGGGAGGCGCCGCCCAUGCUGGACAUGCCAUUCGGUGCCCUCAACUCGGCCUUCAAUCUCACCAUGACGUACCGGCGCGACUCUGACAUCGUGUAUCCGUACUUCGAGACCGUCCGUCGUGAGCCCGCUAGGACGACGGGGCCGGCCGAGCCGGGCGGACCGCGUGCGACCCCGGCCGCCGCCGCCUGGGCGGUGUCCCACUGCGUCACGCCCGGCCGCCGCGAGCAGUACGUGGCCGAGCUGCAGCGCCACCUGCCGGUGCACGUGUUCGGUGCGUGCGGCACGCGAGAGUGCGGGGGUUCUGGGGCACCGCGGAACACGCUGUCUUGCUACCGCCGGCUGGCCCGCAACUACACCUUCUAUCUGGCCUUCGAGAACUCAAUGUGCCGUGACUACAUCACCGAGAAGCUGUUCCUCGCGCUGCAGGCCGGCCUCGUGCCAGUGGUGCGCGGCGCGUCGCGCGCCGAGUACGCCGCCGUCGCGCCGCCCGACUCGUUCGUGCACGUGGACGAUUUCGCAGGCCCGCGGGAGCUGGCCGCGCACCUGCGCCAUCUGGCGCGAAACGCGUCGGCGCUCGCUCGCCUCACCGCCUGGCGGGAGAGCUUUGUCGUCCGGUACGUACACGGCUGGUGCGGGCUGUGCGCGCGCAUGGUGCAGCAGGAUGGGCCGGUGACGACGCGCUACGACGACCUGCGCCGGUGGUGGUACGACGGCUCGCACUGUCAGUCGUAGCGCUGCUGUCAGCCGCGCCGCUCCCAGUGUCCGGCCAGUCUCCGCCGCACGGAGCCGUCUCACCGGCAGGAUCUCUAGUCCACCCUCCGGGAAGGAACGCGAUUCCAAAGAUGAAAUUAAAGUGUUAGCUCACUACGUGCCUGUAGUGCUUAGAGGAGUCCGACACACUCACGUCGUAGCGCAAUGAAAGGCGGUUUGAACAUUGCAAGCUGAGUCAUAGUCGCAGCAUGAGUCAUAGUCGGUGCUAUCAUCCGGCACAACUGCGCGUCUCACUGCCUCCGACGGGCGGCGUUUCGCGCUCUCAGGAACUUAUUGAAUUGACUUGCAAUCGCUUCCCUAGGGCAACUACGCUUUUCUCCAUUGAGAAAGAGUUCCUUGCCUAAAUAGGUUCGUUUCCGCUUGCGAUAGUACUAGGGUCGCCAUCGUAUUGGACCGACAGAAUUGGGUCGCAGUAUUAGGCCACGCUUUGUUGUUUUCUGCUCAGGGUUUAUCAGCUUCACGCAAUCAUGUGAUCGUUUGUGCACGGUUUUAAAAUAUUAUAUAUGUAUUGAGAAUAUGUGUCCCGUGGCCAGAUAGGUUUGCGUUCGUCGUGCCUGAUGUUUAGUAUUUGUAGACAAUCCUGAUUGCUGUUGGAAGACUCUGCAACACGGUCUUUCUUUCGUUCUGACAGGAGGACCGGACACGGCUGGUAAUCAUUGCUCACGAAUAUGUGCCAUAUAUGAUGCGUAGGUUCACAUGAUCAUGUUGUCUUUUCAGUAUUGUAUGAUAAUUUCACGUGUUAACAACAGUGAGGCGGAACACAAAACACUGGUUCUGAAAUAUGUGUGCGCUUUUCAAUCGUACCAAGUAAUCGUGUUCGACACAAAUAUAUGUGAAAUUUGAGCA